AUGGGCGGCCGCAAUUGGCUGAUCCGAUCGGCGUUUUUAGUCUCAACUUUAUUGAUAUGCAUCAGCAUUGCUCAGGAACUACUUCCGUCAAUCGAAGUAGAAAGCCUAGCACAAGAUCUUCAAAUUCAAGAAUGGAUGCGUACACUUCGACGCGUCAAACGCGCCCCAACCAGAAAUAACCGACCAGAACCAGUGGUUGUUGGUCGAAACGGGACCGGUAAAUGUGUGAUAUCAGCUGAUCGCGCAUCGCAUUUUUGCGGAAUGGAAGAAGAAGUGUCCGCACCUCCGAUUCCGCCGCCAGAUGAGGGAAAGUGUAUCAUCUCGAAGGCAUCAGGCCGUGAGAUUUGUUAUCCAUCGUACAGUCAACUUGAUACAAGUUGUACUGACGUCACGGGACAAUCAUCGAAUGGACUUGUUGUACCUCCAGUUGUACCACAUGCUACUGUCCGCGCGAUGGCAUUCGUCCCACCGGAUAAUCUUCGACGUCUCAUAAUUCAAUACUAUCGUCAGCAAGGAAAACAUCAACCAAAGAAUGCAACAUUCUCUCCAAAAUCCUUUCUUUUCGUAAAAUAUCACUGUGAUUAUGGAUACGAAAUGGUUGAUGAGGUGGAUACAAUGUUCUGUCAGGACAAAAAGUGGGUUAUGACACCUCCAAUGUGUCGUGGACAAGGAUUAUGUGGUGCUGAUAAUGGUGGAUGUUCUCAUACAUGUAUCUCGUAUAAUGAUGAAAAAAUUGAAUGUAAAUGCCCAAGAGGAAUGACUUUGGAUGUAGAUGAGAAGACUUGUAUCAAGCCUGUCCCAAAAUCUCUGUGUCGUUCACUCUCUGGAUGUACUUGUAAUGGAAUUACUGAAACACAAUUCGCUUGUUCUUGUGGAGAUAACAAACAGAAAUGUCUUCUUCUUGCUGGUCCACCAAAAAUUUACAUUGAACCACAAGGACCGUACGAGGUUGCUCCAGGAGGAAAUAUCAAUAUCAGUUGUACCAGUGUCGCUUAUCCUUUCCCAGAUAUCUAUUGGUUCAAAAAUCAACGAGUCAAUACAGAUGGACAAGAGCACAAUACUCUUCGCGCUUCCCAGAUUUUGAUCAUCAAAGAGAUUUAUCGUAACGAAGAAUUCACUUGUGUAGCUGAUAACAUCCAUGGAUCAGCUAAUCGUACCGUAUCAAUUGUUGUCACUGGACCAGGUUCUGCCCCUCAUUUGAAAUCUGCAUCUGCGGGAAGAACAUCUCUGACCGUUCGAUGGGAGCCUCCAAGUAUCAUCAAUCGACCAAUCACAACCUACACAUUGUAUUAUACUAAUAACCAUCAACAACCUGUAAAAAAUUGGAAGAAACUGGAAGUGAAGGAGCCAACGAGAGAAGUCGCAAUUCCAGAUCUUCGACCAGAUACUGCUUAUUAUGUUCGUGUUAGAGCAAAUGAUCAACUUGGUGCAGGAAAAUUAGGAAAUCAAGUUCAAAUCAAGACAUUGAAACCAGCAGUUCGUCCGUAUGUCAACAUUGUUGAAGGAGAUGAAAUCAGAGUUCCUCCGAUGACACCUUUUGAAAUUGAUUGUAAUGUGACAAAGGCUGAUCCAGUACCAGUUCUUGUUUGGCUUCACAAAGGUCGCUCACUCAACAAAGGAAGCAAGACUCAACACAUCAAAAUGAAGAACGGAGGAGUACUUGAGAGCACCCAAUUCUCGUGUGUCGCUGAAAAUGAAGCAGGAAAAUCAACAAAGAAAAUCAAUGUGACCGUAACUGGCCCAAGUGCUCCAGAAAGAAUUCGUUAUCAAAUUGACGGAGAUAAAGUGACACUUCAAUGGGAACCACCACAGAUUACAAACGGACCAAUGGCUGGAUACGAUGUCUUCUAUACAGAUGAUCCAAGCGUGCCACGUGAUCAAUGGAAAGUACAUCAUAUUGACGAUCCAAAUGCAAGAACAACAACUGUUCCAAGAUUGAAUGAGAAAACUCCAUACAACUUUGUGAUUGUCGGAAGAAAUCGUCUUGGUCCAGGUCUUCCUAGUGCUCCUUUCACUGCUACAACUUGGUUGGCUGCCAAGCCACCAGUUGUUUUGUUGGAACCAGAUGAUGAGGUCACAAAAGAACCAAGUAAUGAUGAGAUGAUUAUCGAAUGUGGAGCACAAGGAGUACCAAAACCAAAGAUUAUCUGGCUCUGGAGUGGAACAUUGAUUGAAGACGGAAAGGAUGAAUUCAGAGUGUAUGAUACUACUCCGACUGAUGCACAAGAUCGUACAAGAAGCAAGUUGAUUGCUCAAAGUACAACAAGAAGUGGAGUGGCCACGUGCCAAGCUGUCAACUCAGAAGGAUCAGAUGAGAAAAAGGUUCCAGUCAAAAUCCUCGGACCUGGAAGUGCUCCAUUGGGAAUCACGCCGACUCCAAUGCAUACUGGAUUUGAUGUUGCUUGGCAACCACCGAAGAUUACAAAUGGAAGAAUCAAGGAUUAUGUUGUGUACUACACGAAGAAUCCAGAUGCACCGUUGUCCGAUUGGAAAUCUAUUACAGUUCCAGCUGAUACCAGAAAUCUUACAGUACACGUGGAUGAUGAAGAUACUCCAUAUGUUGCAAAGGUUCAAGCAAGAACUGAUGAUGGACCUGGAAUCAUUUCUGAGGCCUAUGAGGUUACAACUGGAAGAAAACAAGUCCCACUUUCCGUCCGUCUCGAAGUCACCGAUCCAUCAGUUGACGCAUCUUCCGAUGAGACAAUUGUUGAACCAACUCAACCUAUUCAUUUCCGAUGUGUUGCCGAUGGUCGUCCAAUGCCAAGUGUCUCAUAUUCAUGGCUUCCAAUUAAUGCUUCUGAAUCCGGAGACGAACCGGUUCCAAUUCCAAUUCAUGCUGAUGAAAAUCAACCCCAUCACUACAACUCGAUCCAAGUCUAUUCUACAACUGCAACAAAGAGAAUCUUGUUGUGCCAAGCGAGAAAUCCGGAUGGAACUGUCGAUGAUCGUCAUGUAUUCAUUGUUAACAAACCUGGAAGUGCCCCACAAAACGUUGAAGUCAUCGUUGAUCCAGACAACAGAGUGACCAUUUCUUGGCAACCACCGAAAUAUCCAAAUGGUGAUAUUACUAAGUACAACGUAUACAUCACUGGAGAUCCAUCCCUACCUGUUGAUCAAUGGCAAGUAUUCCCUGUUGAUGAGACUACAGAUCCAAAACUUGUUCUUCAACGUGGAGCCCUUCAACCAGAAACUCCGUAUUAUGUGAAAAUAGCCGCUGUGAAUCCACAUGGUGAAGGAAUUCAUACUGAUCCAAAGCACUUUAAUACAGUCAGUGGAGCUCCAAUCGAUGCUCCAACUGACGUUCUUCCGAGUGUUUCAAUUGACAACACAGUAAAUGUCACAUGGUCUCCACCUACUCAGCCACUUGGACCAAUCAAGAGUUACACAGUUUUCUUUGCUCCAGAAUAUGAUGAUAGUGACUACAAAACAUGGCCAAGAAUCAGUGUUAAUGCUCCAGACGGAGCUGAUCAUGGAGAAGUGACUCUUCCAAAAGAACAGUUUAAUCCAAAUACUCCAUACAAGAUUCGUAUUUCUGCAACCAACGAUUUAUCUGAGGGACCGGCUUCUGAACCGGUUCGAUUCGAGACUGGUAGUGGUGAAAUUCCCCCAACAAUUACUUUGGAACCAUCAAACUCUACAUAUCAAGUUGAACCACUUGGUGCAGUUACAAUCACUUGUACUGCUAACGGAGUUCCUCAACCAAAAGUUCAUUGGAUCAAAGCAAAUGGAGAAAUUCUUAAUUCUGCUACUCUUCAACUUUAUGACGUCAUCAAGGAUUCAAGUGCCACGUGUGUUGCUGAAAAUAAUGCUGGAAAAACUCAAGAAGCUGUGACAGUUCAAGUUACUGGACCAGGAACCGCACCAAAUGAAAUUGUUCUUUUGCCAAUGCCAAAUCAAGAAAUCAAUGUUGAAUGGACAAGUCCAGAUGAGGUUAAUGGGCAAAUCACCAAUUAUAUCAUUCAUUACGGAGAGAUUGCUGAAGAUGGAAGUGAACCAACUACUUGGGAUCAAGUCGAAAUUCCACGUGAUGAUGUCAAUCACAAGUUGGCAAAUUUGGAACCAAAGAAGACGUAUGCUGUGAGAGUUCAAGCAGUCAGUGAUCGUGGACCUGGAGUUAUUUCUGCUCCACAAAUCAUCAAGACAUUGCCACUUGCACCACAAGCCAUCAAAAAUCCAAUCAUUCAAGUUCAUCCGAAUAACAGUGUCACAAUUGAAUUCUCUCCGCCAGAUGAUCCAGAAAAUCCAGGAAAGAAAAUCAAGGAUUUCGUUAUUCAAUACACAACAGACGAGGAGCCAGAUGAUGAAAGUGAAUGGAAAGAACUCAAAUUCUCUGAUCCAGAUGACACAGAUGAUACCACAAUUGUGAGUAUUGAUGGAGAGAAUUUCAACCCGGACACAAAGUACAAUACAAGAAUUAUUGCUCGCGGAGAAAUUGAUUCACAGCCAAGUGAUUCAACACUAUUUGCAACUGGAGAUGGAGUAAUUGCACCAAGUCAACCAACAUUUAAUGUGGAGACAGAAGAUGGAGUUAUCAGAGUACCGGCUGGAACUGAUUACACAAUCAAAUGUGUUUCUGAUGGAUAUCCAGCACCUGAUAUCAGAUGGGUUGAUUCUCAUGGAAAUCAACUCUCCGAUGGUUCACUUCUCAGAAUCAUUGAUAUUCGUAAGACUCUCAAUGCAAAGUGUUUAGCUGAAAACCGUGGAGGACUCAAGGAAACUGACUUGACGAUUUUUGUCGCCGGACCUGGAACAGCUCCAGAGAAUAUUCAAUUGACUGCAAAUAAGCCAACAACUAUUUCCGUUCAAUACGAAGUUCCAACAAUUUCGAAUGGAAAUAUCAGCAAAUAUAUCAUCUAUUACACUCCACUUGAUGACCAAGAUCCAAAUCAUCAACUCGGACAAGUUCAAACGAAACCAAUCAACGAAUGGCAGAAUGUUCAUGACUUGAAUGACGGAGUCGAAGGACCAAGAAAAGUUGAUAUCAAAGAUUAUAUCAGUACAGAUACUGCUUAUGCUGUAGUUGUUCAAGCAAUCAAUGAUGACGGACCAGGACCAUAUUCUAAUCAAUACACAAUCAGAACAAUGUCAAGAGCAAGAGAAGGACCUCCAGUUGAACUUCGAGUUGAACCAGAUGGUCAGAGAUCUGCAGUCGCUCAAUGGAAAGAACCAGUUACGUCUGAUGUUCCACCAAUUGGAUAUGAAAUUUAUUAUGUUAGAGGAGACAAGAGUGUCGAAGAAGACGAUUCAGCUGGAUUGAAUGACUGGAUCAAAAUUUCAAUCGAUGAUCCAUCAAAACUCACUCAUAAGAUCCAGAAUCUUCUUCUUCCGGAUACUGAUUAUGUCUUCAAAAUGCGUGCAAUCUAUCCAGACGGACCGAGUGUUUUCUCUGAACCAUGUAUCAUGAAGACUCUCCCAGAUGGAAACGCUCCUUACAUUCAAAUUUCAACUGGAGAUAAUGGAGUCGAAGGUAGUACAACUAUCCAAAUUCUUCCAGGAUCUCAAAUGACAAUUGCUUGUAAUGCCACUGGAAUCCCAUUGCCACAAGUCAAAUGGAUUAAAGCUGGAAACUAUGAAAUCGAUCCAAGCAGAGUUGAUGCAGAUGGAAAUCAUGCUCAAUUCUCACUUCAAGUUGCCAACAUCACAGAAGACACCACCUUCAAUUGUGUUGCUCAAAACCCAUUGGGUCAUGCUAAUUGGACAAUUAAUGUCAAUUUGAUUGAAGGAUUAGAACCAAACUGGAGAGAUGAUUUUGUUACUUCAAAAUCCGAUGGAGGCCAAAUUGUUUUAGUAUUCAACGAUGAACUUCCUGAAUAUUUGAAACCUCCUAAUGAGUGGACAAUCCAAUAUACAGAUGACGCAGAACAACCAAAAGAUCAAUGGGAAACAAUUCCAUCUGGUGGAGCACCUCUCACAAGAGUUGAAAUUCCGAAUAUGAAUCCAGGAACCUAUUAUUAUUUGGUUGUCGACAAUCCGGAGAAAGGAAUUCAGACUCCAACAUUGGUUGUUAUGACACCAAAACCACCAUCUGAUAUUCGAUUCGGAAAGAACAAUGAUGAUGAACAAGUUAUCGAUUUCAAACCUGCCAUUGGUUCAGAACCAGUCAAAGAAUAUACAAUCAGUGUAUGGCCAACAAGUGAUCCAAGCAACGUCAAAAAGUUUACAACUCCAUCGGAUGUCACCAGUGGAGUAGUUGUAGAUGGUCUUGAUCCAGACACCGAAUACAACAUUCAAGUUGCUGCCGAAUUCUACGAAGGAGAAGAACUUGCUAGUGAACCAAUCUCAGUGAAAACCCCUCCACGAGAUGUUUCUUGUGAAUGUGAACAUGCAUGCACAUUUGAACUCAAUGAAGAUGAGGGAACUUUGGAACCAAAAUGUUACUGUCAUGAUGGAUUCCAUUUGACAGACGACGGAAAGGGUUGUGAGAGAAACGAAGAGGAAGAUGCCACGUCCCAAGCCGUUCUUCAGGUUACACCUCCCUCCAUCACAACAAAAGUUGCUCCAGAAGAACUUCCAACUGCUUCAACUGGAGAGUCUGAGGACAGUGGAGCCACACAAUCUUCCAUUUCUCCUAUCGUUGGACCAGAUAACAAACCACUUCCCGUCGAUAAAAAAGGAAAACAAAUAGACAGUGCUGGAAAACCGAUCAAAUUGGAUGAAAAUGGAGAUCCAAUAGCACCAGAUGGUACAACAUUGAAGAAGAAUGAGAAAGGAGAAUGGGUUUAUCCACUGGUUGAUAAAACAGGAAAACCGAUUCCAGUUGAUGAGAAUGACAAACCAAUUAUCACUGCAAUUGAUGAGAAUGGAGAUCCUUUGGUUGAAUCAGAAGAUGGUGCUUUAGUCACUUCAGAUGGAAAACCAGUUGAAGUUGAUAUUCUUGGAAGGCCUCUGGAUAAGAAUGGAAAUCCAUACAAAACGAAUGAAAAUGGACAGUUUGUAGUAGCAGAUGUAGAUGGAGCAGAAGUUAAAGAGGAAGAUGAAGAAGAAGAAGAGAAACCACCAGUGAUUCCAUUGUAUGUUAUUGAAGUUGAUGAUGAUGGGAAGUAUUUGGAUGAAGAUGGAAAUGAACUUCCAGUUAAUGAAGAUGGAGAACCAAUUGAUGAAGACGGAAACCUUCUUGAAAAGAAUGAAGAUGGCAGAUAUGUGAUACCAAAGAAGGUAGAAGAAGUGGAACCGACGAAGAUCACUAUUCUGUCACCCGAUGGAACACCGCUUCCUACUGACGCGUCAGGAGCAAUUAUUGGUCCAAACGGAGAUCCGAUUCCAACUGAUUCAAAUGGAAAGCCACUUGCUGCUGAUGGAUCACCUCUUCCUACUGACAACCAAGGAAAUUAUGUAAUUCUUCCUGUUUCGAAAGAUUCAAUUGGGACUCCACCGACUGAUGAAACUGGAAAAGUGAUAUAUCCAGUUGUUCUUCCUGAUGGAACAUUACUUUCUACUGAUUCCACUGGAAACUUCAUCAAUAAGAAUGGGGAUAUUGUUGAGAAAGAUGAUGAUGGAAAGCCAAUGGGUCCAGAUGGACAAGUACUACCAACAGAUGCAUCUGGAAAUUACAUUUAUCCAGUGACUGGUCCAAAUGGAGAAGUUCUUCCAACUGAUUCAAACGGAAACCCAAUUUAUCCAGUUGUUGGUCCAGAUGGAACUCCUCUUCCAACUGAUGAGAAUGGUGCAGUCAUUGGACCAAAUGGACAACCAAUCCCAACUGAUUCAAACGGUAAACCACUUUCUCUAGAAGGAUAUCCUCUUCCAGUGGACAGUCAAGGUAAUUAUGUUCUUCUUCCAACUGAGAGUGGUGUCACUCAAACUCUUCCAACAGAUGAUUCUGGUAUGCCUGUUUAUCCAAUUGUUAAACCAGAUGGAACACUUUUCGCCACUGAUUCAACAGGAAAUUUCGUAACGGACAAUGGUGAAAUCAUCGAAAAAGAUGAGGAAGGUAGACCUCUUGGACCUGAUGGACAAGUUCUUCCAACUGAUGCUUCUGGUAACUUCAUUUAUCCAGUAACUACUUCGGACGGACCACCUGUGUCAACUGAUGCUUCUGGAAAAACCGUCUAUCCAAUUAUUGGGGAAGACGGAUCUCCAUUGUCAACAGAUUCAUCUGGAGCGGCAGUUGGACCGGAUGGAGCACCAAUCCCAACUGAUGACAAUGGAAUCCCUCUGGAUAAGGAUGGAUCACCACUUCCGACAGAUGCUUCCGGCAAUUACGUACUCGUUCCAACCGAGAAACCAAAAACUAAGAGUUAUCCCACUGAUGAUUCUGGAGUCACUAUAUACCCGAUUGUUAAACCAGAUGGAACUCUUCUUGCUACUGACUCUAGUGGUGCCUUUGUAACAGAUGAUGGCCAAACAAUUGAGAGAGACUCAGAUGGAAACCCACUGGGGCCAGAUGGAAAGAUUCUACCAACUGAUGCAUCAGGACAAUUUAUCUAUCCAGCUGCUGGAACCGAUGAACUGACAAGCACUGAUUCGUCUGGAAAGACAGUUCAUCCAGUACGUGGACCAGAUGGAACUCCACUUCCAACUGAUGCUUCUGGAGCUGUCAUUGGACCAGACGGAGAACCAAUCCCAACCGAUUCUGAUGGAAUUCCAUUAACAAAAGAUGGAUCUCCACUUCCAACUGAUAACAACGGAAACUACGUGCUCGUUCCUUCUGAUGAAGAAGCUACAAAAGCUCUUCCAACAGAAGAUGCUGAAAAAGUUGUUCAUCCAGUCAUCUUACCCGACGGUACUCCGCUUGGAACUACUUCAACUGGCGAUUUUGUCACUGAAGAUGGAAAAAUAGUUGAAAAGAAUGAAGACGAUCAGCCAAUUGGUCCUGAUGGAAACGUACUUUCAACUGAUGACAACGGAAACUAUAUUUAUCCCAAAACUGGACCUGACAGUCAAGUUCUUCCGACUAAUAGCAUGGGAAAGAACGUUUAUCCAGUUCGUGGACCAGAUGGUACUCCAUUGCCAACGGAUUCUGAUGGUGAUGUGAUUGGACCAGAUGGUGAGAAAAUUCAAACAGACGAGAUCGGAAUUCCUCUCGAUCAAGAUGGGUCACCACUUCCAACUGACAAUAAUGGAAAUUACGUGCUUGUUCCAACUGGUCAAUCUGUUACAAAGAGUCACCCAACUGACGACUCUGGAAACGUUAUUUACCCAAUUGUGAAACCAGAUGGAACUCUUUUCGCAACAGAUUCAACAGGCCAGUAUGUCACAGAAGAUGGACAGGUGAUUGAGAAGGAUGAUGAAGGAAAACCAAUUGGACCAGAUGGAGCAGUUCUUCCUACUGAUUCCCAAGGAAAUUUUGUUUAUCCAGCAGGUUCAGAAAUCCAAAUUUUCACAACCGACGCGUAUGGAAAACCAGUUCACACUAUUCUUGGACCAGAUGGAUCUCCACUUCCAACUGAUUUACUUGGUUCUGUUAUCGGACCGGAUGGAAAACCAAUUUUCACAGAUCAAACAGGAACACCAAUUGAUAAGAACGGAUCUCCACUGCCAACAAAUGACGAAGGAAACUAUAUCUUUGUUGCUACUGAACUUCCAACAGAUGCAACUGGACCAAUCAUCGUUCAAACUCCGAUCACGAAACCAGAUGGUACUUUGUUGGCCACUGAUUCCGUAGGAAAUUAUGUUAAUGAUAAUGGAGAUAUAAUUGAUAAAGAUGACGAGGGAAGACCACUUGGGCCAGACGGACAGGUGCUCCCAACAGAUGACACUGGAAACUAUAUCUAUCCAGCAACCACCUCUGAUGGUGAAGUUCUUCCAACUGAUUCUGAAGGAAAGACUGUAUAUCCAGUUCGUGGACCAGAUGGAACUCCACUACCAACCGAUGCAAGCGGAGCAGCUAUCGGGCCAGAUAGAGAACCAAUUCCAACCGAUUCGAAUGGAAAACCUCUUGCAAAGGAUGGAUCCCCACUUCCAACCGACAAUCAAGGUAACUAUAUUCUUGUCCCAUCGGAUGAGGACACCACAAAGGCUCUUCCAACUGAUGAUGCUGGAAAUGUUGUUUAUCCUAUUGUAAACCAUGAUGGAACACCACUCGCGACUGAUUCAACCGGUGCAUUCGUUACAAAAUAUGGAAGUAUCAUUGAAAAAGAUGAGGACGGAAAACCAAUUGGACCUGAUGGGGCUAUUCUUCCAACUGACUCUGAUGGUAAUUAUAUUUACCCAAUCACCGGUCCAGAUGGACAACCACUCCCGACUGACACCAAUGGAAAGACUGUGUAUCCAGUAAGAGGACCAGAUGGAACUCCAUUGCCAACUAAUUCAGAUGGUGUUGUGAUUGGAUCAGAAGGAGAACCGAUCCCAACUGAUGCUAGUGGAAAACCACUCGCAAAGGAUGGAUCGCCACUUCCAACUGAUAAUCUAGGGAACUACAUUCUGGUAUCAUCACAUGAAGAAGUUACAAAAGCUCUCCCCACUGACGAUGCUGGAAACGUGAUUUACCCAAUCGUCAAACCAGAUGGAACUCCUCUUGGAACUGAUUCAAAUGGAGAACAUAUUACUGCAGAUGGACAGGUAAUCGAAAAAGAUGAGGAUGGAAAACCACUAGGACCUGAUGGAGAAGUGCUGCCAACCGAUGACUCUGGAAAUUUCAUCUAUCCUGCUGUUGGACCUGAUGGACAACCACUUCCAACAGACUCGGAAGGAAAUACUGUGUAUCCAGUUGUUGGCCCAGAUGGAACCCCACUACCAACUGAUUCUGAUGGAAAUGCCUUUGGACCAGAUGGAGUGGAGAUUAAGAGAGAUGAUAAUGGAAUUCCUCUUGACAGAGAUGGAUCACCACUUCCUACUGACCGCGAUGGAAAUUAUGUGCUUGUUCCAACUGGCGAGACUGUGACCAAGACAGUUCCAACCGAUCAUUCGGGAGUUACAGUUUUCCCGAUUAUCAAACCAGAUGGUUCUAUUCUCGGAACAGACUCUACCGGUGCCUUUAUAACGGAUGAUGGUGAGGCUAUCGAGAAAGAUGAGGAUGGAAAACCACUUGGACCGGAUGGACAGGUUCUACCCACCGAUAACGCUGGAAACUACAUUUAUCCCAUGAUUGGCCCUGAUGGACAACCACUACCAACUGACUCUGAAGGCAAGACAGUAUAUCCAGUUCGUGGACCAGAUGGAACCCCACUUCCAACUGAUGCUUCUGGAGCUGUCAUUGGACCAGACGGAGAACCAAUUCCAACUGAUUCAAAUGGAAAACCACUUUCCAAAGAUGGAUCUCCAUUGCCAACUGACGCUUCUGGCAAUUAUGUUCUGGUUCCAGUCGAUGAAGAUACGACAAGAACGCUUCCAACUGAUGAUGCAGGAAACGUUAUUUAUUCAAUCACUAGAGCAGAUGGAACUCCACUUCCAACCGAUUCAGAAGGAAAGUUCCUUACUGAAAAUGGACAAAUUAUUGAAAAAGAUGACGAAGGCAAGCCACUUGGACCUGAUGGAUCUGUUCUCCCAACUGACAAUGCAGGAAACUACAUUUAUCCCAUGAUUGGCCCAGAUGGACAACCACUACCAACUGACUCUGAAGGCAAGACAGUAUAUCCAGUACGUGGGCCAGAUGGAACUCCACUUCCAACGGAUGUUUCUGGAGCUGUCAUUGGACCAGACGGAGAACCAAUCCCAACAGAUGCCAGUGGAAAACCACUUUCUAAAGAUGGAUCUCCUCUUCCAACUGACGCUUCUGGCAACUACGUUCUUGUACCAACCGAUGAAGAAACAACAAAACCCCUUCCAACUGACAAUGAAGGAAAUGUUAUUUAUCCAAUCACUAGACCAGAUGGAACUCCACUUCCAACCGAUUCAGAUGGGAAGUUCAUCACUGAAGAUGGCCAAAUCGUUCAAGUCGAUGAAGAAGGAAAGCCAAUUGGACCAGACGGAUUUGUCCUUCCAACUGAUGAUGCAGGAAACUACAUUUAUCCAGUUAUCGGACCUGAUGGACAUCCGCUACCAACUGAUUCAAAUGGAAAACCAAUCUAUCCAGUACGUGGACCAGAUGGAACUCCACUUCCAACUGAUGCUUCUGGAGCUGCCAUCGGACCAGAUGGUGAACCAAUUCCAACUGAUACCAGUGGUAAACCAUUGUCCAAAGAUGGAUCUCCUCUUCCGACCGACAACGGAAACUACAUUCUUGUCCCAACUGAUUCUGAAACAACUGCAAAUCUUCCAACCGAUGAUCUUGGAAAAGUUAUAUUCCCAGUUGUGAAACCUGAUGGAACUCUUCUUGGAACUGAUUCCACCGAAAACUAUUUGACAGAAUACGGAGAUAUCAUUGAGAAAGAUGAAAAUGGAAAGCCUAUGGGUCCUGACGGUCAAGUUCUUCCGACGGACAAUUCUGGAAAUUAUAUUUACCCAGCAAUGGGAUCUGAAGGGCAAGCACUACCAACUGAUGAUCCGAAUAAGAAGCUUCAUCAAGUUCUUGGACCAGACGGAACUCCUCUUCCAACUGAUGCAAAUGGGAAUACCAUUGGACCAGACGGACAAAUUAUUUCAACUGAUUCAAGUGGUAUCCCUCUUUCUGAUUUGGGACUUCCUCUUCCAACAAAUAACAAUGGAGAUUACAUAGUUCUACCAUCAGGCUCUGAAAAGACUGAACCUCUACCAACUGAUGAUUCUGGAAAUGUUAUUUAUCCAAUCGUCAAACCCGAUGGAACUCCAUUCGGAACCGAUUCUGAUGGAAAGUUUAUCACCGAAGAUGGGCAAAUCAUAGAGAAAGAUGAGGACGGAAAACCGCUCGGACCCGAAGGGCAGGUUCUUCCAACGGACUCUGAAGGAAACUAUGUCUAUCCUAUCACGGGUUCAGAUGGACAACCUCUCCCAACUGAUUCCUAUGGAAAACCGAUAUAUCCCGUACGUGGACCAGAUGGAACACCACUCGCAACAGAUGCCUCCGGAGCUUUCAUAGGAUCAGACGGUGAACCGAUUCCAACUGAUUCAAAUGGAAAACCACUUGCUGCCGAUGGAUCACCACUUCCAACUGACAAUCAAGGUAACUAUAUUCUUGUCCCAUCGGAUGAGGAUACCACAAAGACUCUUCCAACUGAUGAUGCUGGAAAUGUUGUCUACCCAAUUGUCAAACCAGAUGGAACAUAUCUUGGAACUGAUUCUACUGGAGAAUAUGUAUCUGACGAUGGACAGAUUAUUGAGAAGGAUGAUGAAGGAAAACCAAUUGGACCAGAUGGAAAAGUACUGCCUACUGAUGCAAACGGAAACUACAUCUAUCCUGCUGUUGGAUCUGAUGGGCAACCACUUCCAACAGACUCGGAAGGAAAGACUGUGUACCCAGUUGUUGGCCCAGAUGGGUCUCCAUUACCAACUGAUUCUGAUGGAAAUGUCAUUGGACCAGAUGGAGAGGAGAUUACGAGAGACGAUAAUGGAAUUCCUCUUGACAGAAAUGGAUCACCACUUCCUACUGGCCGCGAUGGAAAUUAUGUGCUUGUUCCAACUGGUACUACUGCUGUGAAACCUACUCCAACAGAUGAAAGUGGAAAUGUCAUUUAUCCAGUUACUUCACCAGAUGGAACUCUACUCGCCACAGAUUCAACUGGAAAUUAUGUCACUGAAAAUGGUGAUGUUAUUGAAAAGAAUGAAGACGGAAAACCUGUUGGACCCGAUGGCCAAAUUUUGCCCAUUGACAAUGCUGGUAAUUACAUCUAUCCGGUUAUUGGACCGGAAGAAAUUACAACAGAACAAACUGAGAAAACAGUUUAUCCUGUAUACGGACCAGAUGGUACUCCACUUCCAACCGACAACGAUGGAAAUACUAUUGGAGUAGACGGAGAACCGAUUCCAACUGAUUCAUAUGGUCGACCACUAUCGAAGGAUGGCUCUCCACUACCAACCGAUGCAUCCGGAAACUAUGUUCUCGUUCCGUCUGAUGAUGAUGUUACAAAAGCUCUGCCAACUGACGAAACUGGUAACGUUGUUUAUCCGAUCACGAGACCCGAUGGAACUCCUCUGAAAACAGAUUCAGAUGGUGCAUUCGUUACCGAUGAUGGCCAGGUUGUUGAAAAAGAUGACGAAGGCAAGCCUCUUGGACCUGAUGGAUCUGUUCUUCCGACUGACGAUGCUGGAAACUAUAUCUAUCCAGUUAUCGGACCUGAUGGACAACCACUUCCAACUGACUCUGAAGGCAAGACUGUGUACCCAGUUCGUGGGCCAGACGGAAUUCCACUUCCGACUGAUGCUUCUGGAGCUGUCAUUGGGCCAGACGGUGAACCGAUCCCAACUGAUGCCAGUGGAAAACCAUUUUCUAAAGAUGGAUCUCCUCUUCCAACUGACGCUUCUGGCAACUACGUUCUUGUUCCAACCGAUGAAGAAGUUACGAAAGCUCUUCCAACUGAUGAUGAAGGAAAUGUCAUUUAUCCAAUCACUAGACCAGAUGGAACUCCACUUCCAACCGAUUCAAACGGAAAUUUCAUCACCGAAGAUGGUCAAAUUGUUCAAGUCGAUGAAGAAGGAAAACCAAUUGGACCUGAUGGAUCUGUUCUUCCCACUGACGACGCAGGAAACUAUAUAUAUCCAGUUAUCGGACCUGAUGGACAACCACUUCCAACUGACUCUGAAGGCAAGGUAGUGUAUCCAGUACGUGGGCCAGAUGGAACCCCACUCCCAACUGAUGCUUCUGGAGCUGUCAUUGGACCAGACGGAGAACCAAUUCCAACAGAUGCCAGUGGAAAACCACUUUCUAAAGAUGGAUCUCCACUUCCCACUGACGUUUCUGGCAACUACGUUUUUGUCCCAUCCGAUGAAGAUACGGCUAAAACCUUACCUACAGAUAAUGACGGAAAAGUUAUAUACCCCAUUGUUAGACCAGAUGGAACGCCUCUUGGAACCGAUUCUACGGGAUCUUUUGUUGCCGAUGAUGGUGAAUUAAUUGAGAAAAAUGAUGAUGGAAAACCAAUUGGCCCCGAUGGAUCUAUUCUUCCUACUGAUGAUUCUGGUAAUUAUAUCUACUUGGCUUCUGAUAAAACAACAGAAGAAACGCGUCAAGUUGCAACUCAAACUCCAGUUACUAAGCCAGAUGGAACACCAUGGGGCACUGAUUCUAAUGGACACUUCUUGACUGAAAAUGGAGAUAUCAUUGAGAAUGAUGAAGAAGGAAGACCAAUUGGAGUUGAUGGACAAGUUCUUCCAACUGAUAGUAAUGGAAACUACAUUUACACCGAGAAACCAACACAGGGAGAUGCUGUUUUCAUUCCAACUGAUAUUGUUCCAAUCGAAAGAGAGGAACCAAAUUGUGAUCAAGUUGACGGACGUGUGGAUACUUUACUUUUUGUUGUGGAAAGCUCUCAUAACAGUGCUCCAUACAUUGAAACUCUGAAAAAUCUUAUCAAGAACUUAUUGCUGACAACUCCGGAAAACUUCCUUCCAAAAAUCGGAACAUUGAUCUAUAGUGCAACCACUGAAAUCACUGUUGAUAUUGGAUCUUAUGAUAGUUUCAAAGAGUUAUUCGAUUCAACAAAUGAGAUCAGAGAAGUCGGUGGAAUUCCUGAUGCAACAAAUGCACUAAGAACGGCGAAGAUGAUUUUGGAAGAGACAACCAGAGGAAAUGUCCUUGUUCUUCACUUGUUGGCAUCACCAUUGAGAACCAGCAGUAAAGUUUACAUGGAUAGGAUUCGCGCAAUUCCAAAGACUCGUUUAGUUCAUCUUGAUGAAAAACAGUGGGCUCAAGAUCCAAAUGCUGUCGAAGUAUUAAGAAGUUAUCUUUGUAUUCCGAUUGAUGUUCCUCGCCCUUCGAUGCAACCAACCGAUGCUUCUGGAAAUCUGGUGAUUGUUCCAACAUAUGCUACAGAAACUGAUGGACCACCAACUGAUUCAGCUGGAUUUGUAAUUUAUCCAAUUGUUAAGCCAGAUGGAUCACCUGUCGCCACUGACUCUACUGGUGCUUAUUUAACAGAUGAUGGACAAUUAGUUGAAAAGGAUGAAGAUGGGAAACCGAUUGGACCGGACGGACAAGUUCUGCCAACAGAUGCUUCUGGAAAUUAUAUCUAUCCAAUCAUUGGACCGGACGGUCAGAUUAUUCCGACAGAUUCCAAUGGAAAACCGAUCUAUCCAGUACGUGGACCAGAUGGAACUCCACUUCCAACUGAUGCUUCUGGAGCUGUCAUUGGACCAGACGGAGAACCAAUUCCAACUGAUUCCAGUGGUAAACCACUUGCAAAGGAUGGUUCACCGCUUCCAGUUGACAAUGAAGGAAAUUACGUUUUGAUUGCAACUGAAGAGUCUGUGACGCAAGAAUUCACGACAGAUGAGACUGGAAAUGUUAUUUAUCCUAUCACUAAUGCUGAUGGAACACCAUUGACAACAGAUUCGAAUGGAAACUUCCUUACUGAAAAUGGUGAUGUGAUUGAGAGAAACGAUGAGGGCAAACCUUUGGGACCUGAUGGAGAAGUUUUACCGACGAACUCGUAUGGAAGUUACGUAUAUCCAGGAGCUGUCACCGAACCAACUUCCGAAACGCAAGAAGUGACGCAUGGACCAGAUGGACAGGCUCAGCCGACCGAUGCCUCUGGAAAAUCAUUCUACCCAGUUCAUGGACCUGAUGGAACUCCACUUCCAACUGAUUAUGAAGGAGUCAUCAUCGGACCUGACGGAGAAUCAAUUGCUACUGAUGCCAGCGGAAUCCCUCUAUCUAAAGAUGGGUCACCAUUACCAACAGAUGGAGAAGGAAACUAUAUUUUUGUUCCAACCGAGAAAGACACUACAAAAGUUUUGCCAACAGACGAUGAAGGAAAAGUCAUUUUCCCAAUCACAAAACCAGAUGGAACUCCACUCGGCACUGAUUCAAGUGGUGAUUUUGUCACCGAUGACGGACAACUUGUCGAGAAGAAUGACGAAGGAAAACCACUCGGCCCUGACGGACAAGUACUUCCAACAGGAUCUGAUGGACAAUUCAUCUAUCCAAGCUCUACGCCAGACAAAGAAAUUCAACCAACAGAAACUGUCUUUACUCACUAUGAUGUACACGGACCAGAUGGAACGCCUCUACCAACUGAUGAAUCUGGAAAUGUUCUUGAUCUUGAUGGACAGCGUAUUCCUACGGAUGAAACCAGUGGUAUUCCAUUGUCGGAAGAUGGAUCUCCACUUCCAACUGAUAGCGAAGGCAACUAUGUUCUUGUUCCAACUGGAGACACUCCAAUCAAGAUUCUUCCUACCGACGAGUCUACGGAUACAGUGUAUCCAGUUAUACAACCAGAUGGAACACUUUUCGGAACAGAUUCAACUGGUAACUUCGUAACAGCCACAGGAAAAAUUAUUGAAAAAGAUGACGAAGGUAGACCUCUUGGACCUGAUGGAUCUGUUCUCCCAACAGAUGCUUCUGGAAAUUAUAUCUAUCCAGUAAUUGGACCUGACGGACAACCACUACCAACUGAUUCUGAAGGCAAGACAGUAUAUCCAGUACAAGGACCAGAUGGAACACCACUUCCAACUGAUGCUUCUGGAGCUGUUAUUGGACCAGACGGAGAACCAAUUCCAACUGAUGCCAGUGGUAAACCACUUUCCAAGGAUGGAUCGCCGCUUCCAACUGAUAAUCUAGGCAACUAUGUGCUAGUCCCAUCUGAUGAGGAUUCAACUAAGGCUCUUCCAACGAACGAUGUUGAAAAUGUUAUCUAUCCCGUUGUGAGACCAGAUGGUACUCCUCUUGGAACCGAUUCAACUGGUAACUUCGUAACUCCCACUGGAGAAAUUAUUGAAAAAGAUGACGAGGGUAAACCACUUGGGCCUGAUGGAUCUGUUCUUCCAACUGACGAUGCUGGAAAUUACAUCUAUCCAGUUAUCGGACCUGAUGGACAACCACUGCCAACUGAUUCUGAAGGCAAGACAGUAUAUCCAGUGAAAGGACCAGAUGGAACCCCACUUCCAACUGAUGCUUCUGGAACUGCCAUUGGACCAGACGGAGAGCCGAUCCCAACAGAUUCAAGUGGUAAACCUCUUGCAAAAGAUGGAUCACCACUUCCAACUGAUAAUCAGGGUAACUAUAUUCUUGUCCCAUCGGAUGAGGAUACCACGAAAGCUCUUCCAACUGAUGAUGCUGGAAAUGUGGUCUAUCCAGUUGUGAAACCAGAUGGUACUCCUCUUGGAACCAAUUCAGAUGGAGCGUUUGUUACCGAUGAUGGACAAGUUGUCGAAAAAGAUGACGAGGGUAAACCACUUGGUCCUGAUGGGGAAAUUCUCUCAACAGAUUCUUCCGGAAACUAUAUCUAUCCAGUCAUCGGACCUGACAGACAAUCUCUAUCAACUGAUUCCGAAGGAAAAGCUGUGUACCCAGUGAAAGGACCAGAUGGAACACCACUCCCAACGGAUGCUUCUGGAGCUGUCAUUGGACCAGACGGAGAACCAAUUCCAACUGAUUCAAAUGGAAAACCACUUUCCAAAGAUGGAUCUCCAUUGCCAACUGACGCUUCUGGCAAUUAUGUUCUGGUUCCAGUCGAUGAAGACGCAUCAAGAACUCUUCCAACUGACAAUGAAGGAAAUGUUAUUUAUCCAAUCACUAGACCAGAUGGAACUCCACUUCCAACCGAUUCAGAAGGAAAGUUCAUCACUGAAGAUGGUCAAAUCGUUCAAGUCGAUGAAGAAGGAAAACCAGUUGGACCUGAUGGAUCUGUUCUUCCAACUGACGAUGCAGGAAAUUAUAUCUAUCCAGUAAUUGGACCUGAUGGACAACCACUACCAACUGAUUCUGAAGGCAAGACAGUAUAUCCAGUGAAAGGACCAGAUGGAACCCCACUUCCAACUGAUGCUUCUGGAACUGUCAUUGGACCAGACGGAGAACCAAUCCCAACUGAUGAUAGUGGGAAACCACUCUCAAAGGAUGGAUUGCCGCUCCCAACUGAUAAUCAAGGAAACUAUAUUCUCGUGUCCGAAGAACAACCGACGGCAGAACCUUAUCAAAUCUCUAUCACAAAGCCUGACGGAACUGGUUUUGCCACUGAUUCAUCCGGGAACUAUAUCACUGAUAAUGGUGAAAUAAUUGAAAUUGAUGAUACCGGAAGACCACUUGGACCAGAUGGGCAGGUUCUUCCAACGGAUGCCAGCGGAAAUUAUAUCUAUCCAGUAACUGGACCUGAUGGACAACCACUACCAACUGAUUCUGAAGGAAAGACUGUAUAUCCAGUGAAAGGACCAGAUGGAACCCCACUUCCAACUGAUGCUUUCGGAGCUGUCGUUGGACCAGACGGAGAGCCGAUCCCAACUGAUUCAAAUGGAAAACCACUUUCCAAAGAUGGAUCUCCACUUCCAACUGACGCUUCUGGCAAUUACGUUCUUGUUCCAACCGAUGAAGACGCAUCAAGAACUCUUCCAACUGACAAUGAAGGAAAUGUUAUUUAUCCAAUCACUAGAUCAGAUGGAACUCCACUUCCAACCGAUUCAGAAGGAAAGUUCAUCACUGAAGAUGGUCAAAUUAUUGAAGUCGAUGAAGAAGGAAAACCAAUCGGACCUGAUGGAGCUGUUCUCCCAACAGAUGCAUCCGGAAACUACAUCUAUUCAGUCAUCGGACCUGACGGACAACCACUACCAACUGAUUCUGAAGGCAAGACAGUAUAUCCAGUGAAAGGACCAGAUGGAACCCCACUUCCAACUGAUGCUUCUGGAGCUGUCAUUGGACCAGACGGAGAGCCGAUCCCAACAGAUUCAAAUGGUAAACCUCUUGCAAAAGAUGGAUCACCACUUCCAACUGACAAUAACGGAAAUUACAUUCUAGUUACAACUGAUGAUGAAGUGAAAGAUUCAAAGAAGUGCGACAUUGCUCAUUCGCUGUCUGAUAUUAUCUUCGUUCUUGUAAAUGAUGGAGAUGGCGUUGAAAACUAUGAUCAGUUCAGGAAAACUGUCGUUGGUUUUGCGAGGAAGGUUGACAUGUCUCCAGAUGUCAUUCGUCUGUCUGUUUUAUCCGUUGGAAGUGAAAUCGCCGUUCCACUUCCACUUGGAGGAUAUCAAGAAAAAGAACAUCUCAGCUCUAUACUGACCUCUUUCGAAAUUCCACCAAUCGUUGGAACCGAAAUCUUGUCGCCAGUCGAGGCUGCAAAUCAACAAUUCUCAAGUUUCCCACGUACCGGAAUUUCAAAAAUGGUUGUGAUUUUUGCCGACAAUGAAGAAAGAACGACACAAAUUGGCGGAGCUACUUACGUCACAGUCAAGUACGGAACGACGGCCAAGGAAAUCAUUGAUACUCUGACUGAAGCUUGUAAUAAUGGAGCCGUUGAUAUUAUUCUGGAUGAAACAAAACAAGUAAUUGACAAUUCAAUUCAUUCCACAUCUUCCACACCUGUUCUUGUCGAUCAAAGUGGAAAACCUCUUCCAACUGAUUCAAAUGGAAAAUAUCUUGAUAACAAUGGAAAUCCAAUUGUGAUUGAAGGAGAUGAACCAACUGGACCAGAAGAACAUAAAUUGGAAAAGAAUGAAAAAGGAGAAUGGGUUUAUCCAUUGGUCGAUAAAUCAGGAAAACCAAUUGAAACGGAUGAGAAUGAUAAACCAGUUAUUACUGUCGUUGAUACUGAAGGAAAUCAAUUAUCAAAGAAUGAUGAUGGAAACUGGAUUGAUUUAUCUGGAAAUGAAAUCGAUACAGAUGAACUUGGAAGACCAUUGGAUUCAGAAGGAAAACCAUACAAAUUUGAUGAUGAUGGACGUGUUGUCAUUUCUCCAGAAGUUGAACAAGAGGACGCCACACCAGCUAUUCCAUUCAUUAUUGUUGAUGGUGAACCAAUCAAUGAAAACGAUGGAGUUUAUACAGAUAAGGAAGGAAAUGUGAUCGAAACAAACUCAGAUGGACAACCAAUUGAUGAAAACGGACAAGUACUUCCGAAAAAUGAAGAUGGAGAAUUUGUGAAACCAAGUACUGUCGGAACUACGAAAGCAACGAUUGUAUCACCUGAUGGAACACCACUUCCAACUGAUGCAUCUGGUGCUGCCAUUGGACCAGACGGAGAAUCAAUCCCAAUUGAUGCCAGUGGAAGACCAUUGGCACAAGAUGGAUCACCACUUCCAACUGACAAUCAAGGAAAUUAUGUUGUGCUGCCAGCAGCAAAGGACUCCGAAGACGCCCAGCCACCUACCGAUUCUUCCGGAGUCAUUAUCUAUCCUAUCGUAAAUCCAGAUGGAACAUUGCUGACAACUGAUUCUACAGGAAACUAUAUCACUAAGACCGGAGAAAUUAUUGAAAGAGACGAUGAAGGUAAACCCAUCGGUCCAGAUGGACAAGUAUUGCCAACUGAUGCAUCUGGAAACUUCAUUUAUCCUGUAACUGGUCCAAACGGAGAAGUUCUUCCAACUGAUUUGAACGGAAAUCCAAUUUAUCCAAUUGUUGAUCCAGAUGGAACUCCAAUUACAACUGAUGCCAGUGGAGUUGCACUUGGCGCAGACGGAGAGCCUAUUCCAACUGAUGCCAGUGGAAAACCACUUUCCAAGGAUGGAUCUCCGCUUCCAACUGAUAAUCUAGGCAACUACGUGCUUGUACCAUCUGAUGAAGACACAACCAAGGCUCUUCCAACGGACGAUGCUGGAAAUGUUAUCUAUCCAGUUGUGAAACCAGAUGGAACACUCCUUGGAACUGAUUCUACUGGUGCCUUCGUCACAGACGACGGACAACUGAUCGAGAAGGACGAUGAAGGGAAACCAAUUGGACCUGAUGGAUCUGUUCUUCCAACUGAUGGUGCUGGAAACUUUAUCUAUCCUGCAGUUGGACCAGAUGGACAGAUUUUGCCAACUUCCUCUGAAGGAAAUACAGUAUAUCCAGUUCGUGGACCUGAUGGAACCCCACUUCCAACUGAUGCUUCUGGAGCUGUUAUUGGACCAGACGGAGAACCAAUCCCAACUGAUGCCAGUGGAAGACCAUUGGCACAAGAUGGAUCACCACUCCCAACUGACAAUCAAGGAAAUUACAUUUUUGUCCCGUCUGAUAGUGUAGUCACAAAAACUAUUCCAACUGACGACGAAGGAAAUGUAAUUUAUCCAAUCACUAGACCAGAUGGAACACCAUUGGGAACUGAUUCAUCCGGAAAGUUUAUUACUGAAGAUGGAAAGAUUGUGGAUGCAGAUGAUCAAGGAAAGCCACUCGGACCAGACGGACAGGUUCUUCCAACUGACGACGCUGGAAACUAUAUCUAUCCAGUCAUCGGACCUGACGGGCAACCACUACCAACUGAUUCUGAAGGAAAGACUGUGUAUCCAGUGAAAGGACCGGAUGGCACUCCACUGCCAACGGAUGCUUCUGGAGCUGUCAUUGGACCAGACGGAGAACCAAUCCCAACUGAUUCAAAUGGAAAACCACUUUCCAAAGACGGAUCUGCACUACCAACAGAUAAUAAUGGAAACUACGUGCUUGUACCAUCUGAUGAAGAAACUAUAAAACAACUCCCAACCGAUGAGGAUGGAAAUGCUGUGCACAUAACUAAACCAGAUGGAACUCUUCUGGCAACUGAUUCAACUGGAAAGUUUAUUACUGACGACGGACAAAUCAUUGAACAGAAUGAAGAUGGAAAACCGAUUGGACCAGAUGGACAGAUUCUACCUUCGGAUUCCGAAGGAAAUUACAUCUAUCCAGUAACUGGCCCUGCUGGGCAGGUUCUUGGAACGGACUCAACCGGAAAGACUGUGUACCCAGUGAAAGGACCAGAUGGAACUCCACUUCCAACUGAUGCUUCUGGAGCUGUCAUUGGACCAGACGGAGAACAAAUCCCAACUGAUGCCAGUGGUAAACCACUCUCCAAAGAUGGAUCUCCACUUCCAACUGACGCUUCUGGCAACUACGUUCUUGUUCCAACUGAUCAAGACGCAUCAAGAACUCUUCCAACUGACAAUGAAGGAAAUGUUAUUUAUCCAAUCACUAAACCAGAUGGAAUUCCAUUGCCAACCGAUUCAAACGGAAAGUUCAUAACUGAAGAUGGACAAAUUGUUCAAGUCGAUGAAAAAGGAAAACCAAUUGGACCUGAUGGAUCUGUUCUUCCAACUGACGACGCUGGAAACUAUAUCUAUCCAGUUAUCGGACCUGAUGGACAAAUUUUACCAACUGAUUCCGAAGGAAAGGCAGUGUAUCCAGUACGUGGACCAGAUGGAACUCCACUGCCAACUGAUGCCUCUGGAGCUGUCAUUGGACCAGACGGAGAACCGAUUCCAACUGAUGCCAGUGGUAAGCCGCUUUCCAAGGAUGGAUCACCACUUUCAACUGACGCUUCUGGUAACUACGUUCUUGUUCCAACCGAUGAAGAAGUUACGAAAGCUCUUCCAACUGAUGGUGAAGGAAAUGUUAUUUAUCCAAUCACUAAACCAGAUGGAACUCCUUUGAAAACAGAUUCAGAUGGAGCAUUUGUUACUGAUGAUGGGCAAGUUGUGGAAAAAGAUGACGAGGGUAAACCACUUGGGCCUGAUGGAUCUGUUCUUCCAACUGACGAUGCUGGAAAUUACAUCUAUCCAGUUAUCGGACCUGAUGGACAACCACUGCCAACUGAUUCCGAAGGAAAGACAGUAUACCCAGUUCGUGGACCAGACGGAACCCCACUUCCGACUGAUGGUUCUGGAGCAGUCAUUGGACCAGACGGAGAGCCAAUUCCUACUGAUGCCAGUGGUAAACCACUCUCCAAAGAUGGAUCUCCUCUUCCAACUGACGCUUUUGGCAAUUACGUUCUUGUUCCAUCCAAUGAACAUGCAACAAAAACUCUUCCAACUGAUUCAGAAGGAUCUGUUAUUUAUCCAAUUACUAAUCCAGAUGGAACUCCACUCGGUACUGAUGCAUCUGGAGCAUUCGUCACCCAGGAUGGUCAAUUGAUUGAGAAGAAUGAAGAUGGAAAGCCAAUAGGACCGGAUGGACAGAUACUUCCAACUGAUGAAUCCGGAAACUACAUCUAUCCAGUUAUUGGACCUGAUGGACAAGUUCUUGGAACUGACUCAACCGGAAAGACUGUAUACCCAGUUCGUGGACCAGAUGGCACUCCACUGCCAACGGAUGCUUCUGGAGCUGUCAUUGGACCAGACGGAGAGCCGAUUCCAACUGAUGCCAGUGGUAAACCACUCUCCAAAGAUGGAUCUCCACUUCCAACUGACGCUUCUGGCAACUACGUUCUUGUUCCAACUGAUCAAGACGCAUCGAGAACUCUUCCAACUGAUGAUGCUGGAAACGUGAUUUAUCCAAUUGUGAAACCCGAUGGAACUCUUCUUCCUACUGACUCUACUGGUGCCUUUGUCACUGAUGAUGGCGAAGUUAUUGAGAAAAAUGAAGACGGAGUACCACUGGGACCUGAUGGCCAAGUCCUAACAACUGAUGCAAACGGAAACUACAUAUAUCCAGGACCAGAUGGGCAAGUUCUCCCCACAGAUUCCGUCAUUCCAAUAAUUGUCGAUCAAAGUGGAAAACCGCUUCCAACUGAUUCAAAUGGAAAAUAUCUUGAUAACAAUGGAAAUCCAAUUGUGAUUGAAGGAGAUGAACCAACUGGACCAGAAGAACAUAAAUUGGAAAAGAAUGAAAAAGGAGAAUGGGUUUAUCCAUUGGUCGAUAAAUCAGGAAAACCAAUUGAAACGGAUGAGAAUGAUAAACCAGUUAUUACUGUCGUUGAUACUGAAGGAAAUCAAUUAUCAAAGAAUGAUGAUGGAAACUGGAUUGAUUUAUCUGGAAAUGAAAUCGAUACAGAUGAACUUGGAAGACCAUUGGAUUCAGAAGGAAAACCAUACAAAUUUGAUGAUGAUGGACGUGUUGUCAUUUCUCCAGAAGUUGAACAAGAGGACGCCACACCAGCUAUUCCAUUCAUUAUUGUUGAUGGUGAACCAAUCAAUGAAAACGAUGGAGUUUAUACAGAUAAGGAAGGAAAUGUGAUCGAAACAAACUCAGAUGGACAACCAAUUGAUGAAAACGGACAAGUACUUCCGAAAAAUGAAGAUGGAGAAUUUGUGAAACCAAGUACUGUCGGAACUACGAAAGCAACGAUUGUAUCACCUGAUGGAACACCACUUCCAACUGAUGCAUCUGGUGCUGCCAUUGGUGUGGAUGGAGAGCCAAUUCCGACGGAUUCUAAUGGAAGACCAUUGGCACAAGAUGGAUCACCACUCCCAACGGAGAAUCAAGGAAAUUAUAUUCUGGUUCCUUCUGACGAAGCGACGACGAAAGUUCUUCCUACGGACGAUACUGGAAAUGUCAUUCAUCCAAUUACUAGACCAGAUGGAACUCUUCUUGGAACGGACUCAACUGGAGAACACAUAACCGAUGACGGUCAAGUGAUCGAGAAAGAUGAUGAAGGUAAACCAGUUGGACCAGAUGGAGCAGUUCUACCAACUGAUGACGCUGGAAACUUUAUCUAUCCUGUAGUAGGACCAGAUGGACAGAUUUUGCCAACUGACUCAACUGGAAAAACUGUGUAUCCAGUACGUGGACCAGAUGGAACUCCACUGCCAACUGAUGCUUCUGGAGCUGUUAUUGGACCAGACGGAGAACCAAUCCCAACUGAUGCCAGUGGUAAACCACUCUCCAAAGAUGGAUCACCACUUCCAACUGACGCUUCUGGCAAUUACGUUCUCGUUUCAUCAGAUGAAGAUGCAACAAGAACGCUUCCAACUGAUUCAGAAGGAUCUGUUAUUUAUCCAAUUACUAAUCCAGAUGGAACUCCACUCGGUACUGAUGCAUCUGGUUCAUUCGUCACCCAAGAUGGUCAGUUGAUUGAGAAGAAUGAAGAUGGAAAACCAAUUGGACCAGAUGGACAGGUACUGCCUACUGAUGACGCUGGAAACUAUAUCUACCCAGUUAUUGGACCUAAUGGACAAGUUCUUGGAACUGACUCAACCGGAAAGACUGUAUACCCAGUUCGUGGACCAGAUGGCACUCCACUGCCAACGGAUGCUUCUGGAGCUGUCCUUGGACCAGACGGAGAGCCAAUUCCUACUGAUGCCAGUGGUAAACCACUUUCCAAAGAUGGAUCUCCACUUCCAACUGACGCUUCUGGCAAUUACGUUCUUGUUCCAACCGAUGAAGAGGUUACAAAAAUUAUUGCAACUGACGAUACUGGUAACGUUGUCCAUCCAAUCACUAGACCAGAUGGAACUCCUUUGAAAACAGAUUCAGAUGGAGCAUUUAUUACUGAUGAUGGACAAGUUGUCGAUAAAGAUGACAAGGGUAAACCACUUGGACCUGAUGGAUUUGUUCUUCCCACUGAUGACGUUGGAAACUAUAUCUAUCCAGUCAUCGGACCUGACGGACAACCUCUAUCAACUGAUUCCGAAGGAAAAGCUGUGUACCCAGUGAAAGGACCAGAUGGAACUCCACUUCCAACUGAUGCUUCUGGAGCUGUCAUUGGACCAGACGGAGAACCAAUUCCAACUGAUGCCAGUGGAAAACCAGUCUCCAAAGAUGGAUCACCACUCCCAACUGACGCUUCUGGUAAUUACGUUCUUGUUCCAACCGAUGAAGAUGCAACAAGAACGAUUCCAACUGAUUCAGAAGGAUCUGUUAUUUAUCCAAUUACUAAUCCAGAUGGAACUCCACUCGGUACUGAUGCAUCUGGUUCAUUCGUCACUCAAGAUGGUCAAUUGAUUGAGAAGAAUGAAGAUGGAAAGCCAAUUGGACCGGAUGGACAGGUCCUCUCAACCGACUCAAAUGGAAAUUACAUUUACCCAAUUACUGGACCUGAUGGACAAAUUUUACCAACUGAUUCCGAAGGAAAGGCAGUGUAUCCAGUACGUGGACCAGAUGGAACUCCACUGCCAACUGAUGCCUCUGGAGCUGUCAUUGGACCAGACGGAGAACCGAUUCCAACUGAUGCCAGUGGUAAGCCGCUUUCCAAGGAUGGAUCACCACUUUCAACUGACGCUUCUGGUAACUACGUUCUUGUUCCAACCGAUGAAGAAGUUACGAAAGCUCUUCCAACUGAUGGUGAAGGAAAUGUUAUUUAUCCAAUCACUAAACCAGAUGGAACUCCUUUGAAAACAGAUUCAGAUGGAGCAUUUGUUACUGAUGAUGGGCAAGUUGUGGAAAAAGAUGACGAGGGUAAACCACUUGGGCCUGAUGGAUCUGUUCUUCCAACUGACGAUGCUGGAAAUUACAUCUAUCCAGUUAUCGGACCUGAUGGACAACCACUGCCAACUGAUUCCGAAGGAAAGACAGUAUACCCAGUUCGUGGACCAGACGGAACCCCACUUCCGACUGAUGGUUCUGGAGCAGUCAUUGGACCAGACGGAGAGCCAAUUCCUACUGAUGCCAGUGGUAAACCACUCUCCAAAGAUGGAUCUCCUCUUCCAACUGACGCUUUUGGCAAUUACGUUCUUGUUCCAUCCGAUGAAGAUGCAACAAAAACUCUUCCAACUGAUUCAGAAGGAUCUGUUAUUUAUCCAAUUACUAAUCCAGAUGGAACUCCACUCGGUACUGAUGCAUCUGGAGCAUUCGUCACCCAGGAUGGUCAAUUGAUUGAGAAGAAUGAAGAUGGAAAGCCAAUAGGACCGGAUGGGCAGAUACUUCCAACUGAUGAAUCCGGAAACUACAUCUAUCCAGUUAUUGGACCUGAUGGACAAGUUCUUGGAACUGACUCAACCGGAAAGACUGUAUACCCAGUUCGUGGACCAGAUGGCACUCCACUGCCAACGGAUGCUUCUGGAGCUGUCCUUGGACCAGACGGAGAGCCGAUUCCAACUGAUGCCAGUGGUAAACCACUCUCCAAAGAUGGAUCUCCACUUCCAACUGACGCUUCUGGCAACUACGUUCUUGUUCCAACUGAUCAAGACGCAUCGAGAACUCUUCCAACUGAUGAUGCUGGAAACGUGAUUUAUCCAAUUGUGAAACCCGAUGGAACUCUUCUUCCUACUGACUCAACUGGUGCCUUUGUCACUGAUGAUGGCGAAGUUAUUGAGAAAAAUGAAGACGGAGUACCACUGGGACCUGAUGGCCAAGUCCUAACAACUGAUGCAAACGGAAACUACAUAUAUCCAGGACCAGAUGGGCAAGUUCUCCCCACAGAUUCCGUCAUUCCAAUAAUUGUCGAUCAAAGUGGAAAACCGCUUCCAACUGAUUCAAAUGGAAAAUAUCUUGAUAACAAUGGAAAUCCAAUUGUGAUUGAAGGAGAUGAACCAACUGGACCAGAAGAACAUAAAUUGGAAAAGAAUGAAAAGGGAGAAUGGGUUUAUCCAUUGGUCGAUAAAUCAGGAAAACCAAUUGAAACGGAUGAGAAUGAUAAACCAGUUAUUACUGUCGUUGAUACUGAAGGAAAUCAAUUAUCAAAGAAUGAUGAUGGAAACUGGAUUGAUUUAUCUGGAAAUGAAAUCGAUACAGAUGAACUUGGAAGACCAUUGGAUUCAGAAGGAAAACCAUACAAAUUUGAUGAUGAUGGACGUGUUGUCAUUUCUCCAGAAGUUGAACAAGAGGACGCCACACCAGCUAUUCCAUUCAUUAUUGUUGAUGGUGAACCAAUCAAUGAAAACGAUGGAGUUUAUACAGAUAAGGAAGGAAAUGUGAUCGAAACAAACUCAGAUGGACAACCAAUUGAUGAAAACGGACAAGUACUUCCGAAAAAUGAAGAUGGAGAAUUUGUGAAACCAAGUACUGUCGGAACUACGAAAGCAACGAUUGUAUCACCUGAUGGAACACCACUUCCAACUGAUGCAUCUGGUGCUGCCAUUGGUGUGGAUGGAGAGCCAAUUCCGACGGAUUCUAAUGGAAGACCAUUGGCACAAGAUGGAUCACCACUCCCAACGGACAAUCAAGGAAAUUAUAUUCUGGUUCCUUCUGACGAAGCGACGACGAAAGUUCUUCCUACGGACGAUACUGGAAAUGUCAUUCAUCCAAUUACUAGACCAGAUGGAACUCUUCUUGGAACGGACUCAACUGGAGAACACAUAACCGAUGACGGUCAAGUGAUCGAGAAAGAUGAUGAAGGUAAACCAGUUGGACCAGAUGGAGCAGUUCUACCAACUGAUGACGCUGGAAACUUUAUCUAUCCUGUAGUAGGACCAGAUGAACAGAUUUUACCAACUGACUCAACUGGAAAAACUGUGUAUCCAGUACGUGGACCAGAUGGAACUCCACUGCCAACUGAUGCUUCUGGAGUUGUCAUUGGACCAGACGGAGAACCAAUCCCAACUGAUGCCAGUGGUAAACCACUCUCCAAAGAUGGAUCACCACUUCCAACUGACAAUCAAGGAAACUACGUUCUCGUUUCAUCCGAUGAAGAUGCAACAAGAACGCUUCCAACUGAUUCAGAAGGAUCUGUUAUUUAUCCAAUUACUAAUCCAGAUGGAACUCCACUCGGUACUGAUGCAUCUGGUUCAUUCGUCACCCAAGAUGGUCAGUUGAUUGAGAAGAAUGAAGAUGGAAAACCAAUUGGACCAGAUGGGCAGGUACUGCCUACUGAUGACGCUGGAAACUAUAUCUACCCAGUUAUUGGACCUGAUGGCCAAGUUCUUGGAACUGACUCAACCGGAAAGACUGUGUACGCAGUACGUGGACCAGAUGGAACUCCACUACCAACUGAUGCCUCUGGAGCAGUUAUUGGACCAGACGGAGAGCCAAUCCCAACAGAUGCCAGUGGUAAACCACUUUCCAAAGAUGGAUCACCACUUCCAACUGACGCUUCUGGCAAUUACGUUCUUGUUCCAACCGAUGAAGAGGUUACAAAAAUUAUUGCAACUGACGAUACUGGUAACGUUGUCCAUCCAAUCACUAGACCAGAUGGAACUCCGUUGAAAACAGAUUCAGAUGGAGCAUUUAUUACUGAUGAUGGACAAGUUGUCGAAAAAGAUGACGAGGGUAAACCACUUGGCCCUGAUGGAUCUGUUCUUCCCACUGACGAUGCUGGAAACUAUAUCUAUCCAGUUAUCGGACCUGACGGACAACCUCUAACAACUGAUUCCGAAGGAAAAGCUGUGUAUCCAGUUCGUGGACCAGAUGGCACUCCACUGCCAACGGAUGCUUCUGGAGCUGUCAUUGGACCAGACGGAGAACCGAUUCCAACUGAUUCCAGCGGAAAGCCGCUUUCCAAAGAUGGAUCACCACUUCCAACUGACGCUUCUGGCAGUUACGUUCUUGUUCCAACCGACGAAGAUACAACAAGAAUUCUCCCUACUGAUGACGAAGGAAAUGCCAUUCAUCCAAUUGUUUCACCAGAUGGAAUUCUUCUUGCAACUGAUUCAACUGGUAACUUCAUAUUGGAAGAUGGCCAAGUUAUUCAAAAAAAUAAGGAUGGAAAACCUAUCGAUGCGGAUGGUCAGAUUCUUCCAACCGAUGCAUCUGGAAACUAUGUGUAUUCAACUUCUGGAGACAAGCAAACAGGACCAACGGAUGCCACUGGGAGCUUAAUAUAUCCAAUCACAUUGCCAGAUGGAACAGUCAUUGAAAAACCUGCGCAACCAGCUAAACCUGUUGGUCCUGACGGACAAAUCCUACCAACUGACAGCGAAGGUAACUACAUUGGACCGGAUGGACAUGUUCUACCAACAGAUGUGUUCGGAAACUUUGUUCACCCAGUAAUCGAACCUGAUGGGCAAGUUCUUGGAACUGACUCAACCGGAAAGACUGUGUACCCAGUUCGUGGACCAGAUGGAACCCCACUUCCAACUGAUACUUCUGGAGCUGUCAUUGGACCAGAUGGAGAACCAAUUCCAACUGAUGCCAGUGGUAAACCAGUCUCCAAAGAUGGAUCACCACUUCCAACCGACAGCUCUGGCAAUUAUGUACUUGUUCCAACCGAGGAAGACGCUUCAAAAACUCUUCCAACUGAUGAUGAAGGAAAAGUUAUUUAUCCAAUCACUAAACCAGAUGGAGCUCCACUUCCAACCGAUUCAAACGGAAAGUUCAUCACUGAAGAUGGUCAAAUUGUUCAAGUCGAUGAAGAAGGAAAACCAAUUGGACCUGAUGGAUCUGUUCUUCCAACUGAUGAUGCUGGAAACUAUAUCUAUCCAGUUAUCGGACCUGACGGACAACCACUACCAACUGACUCAACCGGAAAGACAGUAUAUCCAGUUCGUGGACCAGACGGAACACCACUUCCAACGGAUGCCUCUGGUGCUGUUAUUGGUGUGGAUGGAGAGCCAAUUCCAACGGAUUCUAAUGGAAGACCAUUGGCACAAGAUGGAUCACCACUCCCAACGGACAAUCAAGGAAAUUAUAUUCUGGUUCCUUCUGACGAAGCGACGACGAAAGUUCUUCCUACGGACGAUACUGGAAAUGUCAUUCAUCCAAUUACUAGACCAGAUGGAACUCUUCUUGGAACGGACUCAACUGGAGAACACAUAACCGAUGACGGUCAAGUGAUCGAGAAAGAUGAUGAAGGUAAACCAGUUGGACCAGAUGGAGCAGUUCUACCAACUGAUGACGCUGGAAACUUUAUCUAUCCUGUAGUAGGACCAGAUGAACAGAUUUUACCAACUGACUCAACUGGAAAAACUGUGUAUCCAGUACGUGGACCAGAUGGAACUCCACUGCCAACUGAUGCUUCUGGAGUUGUCAUUGGACCAGACGGAGAACCAAUCCCAACUGAUGCCAGUGGUAAACCACUCUCCAAAGAUGGAUCACCACUUCCAACUGACAAUCAAGGAAACUACGUUCUCGUUUCAUCCGAUGAAGAUGCAACAAGAACGCUUCCAACUGAUUCAGAAGGAUCUGUUAUUUAUCCAAUUACUAAUCCAGAUGGAACUCCACUCGGUACUGAUGCAUCUGGUUCAUUCGUCACCCAAGAUGGUCAGUUGAUUGAGAAGAAUGAAGAUGGAAAACCAAUUGGACCAGAUGGACAGGAACUGCCUACUGAUGACGCUGGAAACUAUAUCUACCCAGUUAUUGGACCUGAUGGCCAAGUUCUUGGAACUGACUCAACCGGAAAGACUGUGUACGCAGUACGUGGACCAGAUGGAACUCCACUACCAACUGAUGCUUCUGGAGCUGUCAUUGGACCAGACGGAGAACCGAUCCCAACUGAUGCCAGUGGUAAACCACUCUCCAAAGAUGGAUCUCCAUUGCCAACUGAUGCUUCCGGCAACUACGUUCUUGUUCCAUCCGAUGAAGAUACAACAAGAACGCUUCCAACUGAUUCCGAGGGAAAUGUGAUUUAUCCUAUCACAAGACCAGAUGGAACACCACUAGGAACCGAUUCAAAUGGCAAGUUUGUGUCGGAAGAUGGUCAAAUUAUUGGUAGUAAUGAAGAUGGAAAACCGAUUGGUCCAGACGGACAAGUUCUGCCAACUGAUGCUUCCGGACAUUACAUCUACCCGAUCACUGGACCAGAUGGACAAAUAUUGCCAACAGAUGCUUCUGGAAAACCAAUUUAUCCAGUAUUCAAUGAAGACGGAUCCCAACUUCCAACUGAUUCCACUGGGCUAUCAAUCGGCCCUGACGGUGAAACAAUCCCAACAGAACCAUCUAGUGGCAUUCCACUUUCCAAGGAUGGGUCACCACUUCCAACAGAUUCUAAUGGACACUUUGUUCUUGUUUCAUCAGAAGACACUACAACUGCUGUUCACUCAUCUGACGAAUUUGAUAAAAUCAUCACUGCUGUCACGAAACCUGACGGUACUCUGCUUUCUACUGACUCCACAGGAAACUAUGUCACUGAUGAAGGACAAUUAAUUGAGAAGAACGACGAAGGAAAACCAGUUGGACCAGAUGGAUCUGUUCUUCCAACUGACGACGCUGGAAACUAUAUCUAUCCAGUCAUCGGACCUGAUGGACAACCUCUCCCAACUGACUCUGAAGGAAAAACUGUGUAUCCAGUGAAAGGACCAGAUGGAACUCCGCUUCCAACGGAUGUUUCUGGAGCCGUCAUUGGACCAGACGGAGAACCAAUCCCAACUGAUGCCAGUGGAAAACCACUUUCUAAAGAUGGAUCUCCACUCCCAACUGACAAUCAAGGAAACUACGUUCUCGUUUCAUCCGAUGAAGAUACAACAAGAACGCUUCCAACUGAUUCAGAAGGAUCUGUUAUUUAUCCAAUUACUAAUCCAGAUGGAACUCCACUCGGUACUGAUGCAUCUGGUUCAUUCGUCACCCAAGAUGGUCAGUUGAUUGAGAAGAAUGAAGAUGGAAAACCAAUUGGACCAGAUGGACAGGUACUGCCUACUGAUGACGCUGGAAACUAUAUCUACCCAGUUAUUGCACCUGAUGGCCAAGUUCUUGUAACUGACUCAACCGGAAAGACUGUGUACCCAGUUCGUGGACCAGAUGGAACUCCACUUCCAACUGAUGCUUCUGGAGCAGUUAUUGGACCAGACGGAGAGCCAAUCCCAACUGAUUCAAAUGGAAAACCAUUGGCACAAGACGGAUCACCACUCCCUACUGACAAUCAAGGAAACUACAUCAUCAUCGCGGCUGGAGAAGAUACUACCAAAUCUCUUCCGACUGACGAUGCUGGUAACAUUAUUCAUCCAAUAAUGAGACCAGAUGGAACUCUUCUUUCAACUGAUUCUACUGGUUCUUAUCUUACGGAAGACGGUCAAGUAAUUGAACGUGAUAAUGAAGGAAGACCACUUGGACCAGAUGGUCAAGUACUUCCAACAGACGAUUCAGGAAACUAUAUCUAUCCAGAGACAGCAUCUGAUGGUAGUAUCCUUCCUACUGAUAGCGAAGGAGAACUCAUCUAUCCAGUUAUUUCACCAGAUGGAACACCAUUAGCAACAGAUUCAACUGGACAUUAUGUUACUGCAGAUGGAAAGAUUGUUGAGAAAAAUGAGGAAGGAAAGCCAAUUGGACCAGAUGGACAGAUACUCCAAACCGAUAAUGCUGGAAACUACGUCUACCCCGUAAUUGGACCUGAUGGACAAGUUCUCGGAACUGACUCAACCGGAAAGACUGUGUACCCAGUUCGUGGACCAGAUGGAACUCCACUGCCAACUGAUGCUUCUGGAGCUGUCAUUGGACCAGACGGAGAGCCGAUUCCAACUGAUGCCAGUGGUAAACCACUCUCCAAAAAUGGAUCUCCACUCACAACUGACGCUUCUGGCAAUUACGUUCUUGUUCCAACCGAUAAAGAGACAACAAAAACUCUUCCAACUGAUGAUGAAGGAAAUGUUCUUUAUCCAAUCACUAGACCAGAUGGAGCUCCACUUCCAACCGAUUCAAACGGAAGGUUCAUCACAGAAGAUGGCCAAAUUGUUCAAGUCGAUGAAGAAGGAAAACCUAUUGGACCUGAUGGAUCUGUUCUUCCCACUGAUGAUGCUGGAAACUAUAUCUAUCCAGUUAUCGGACCUGAUGGACAACCACUACCAACAGAUUCUGAAAGCAAGACAGUAUAUCCAGUACGUGGACCAGACGGAACACCACUUCCAACGGAUGCAUCUGGUGCUGUUAUCGGACCAGACGGAGAGCCAAUUCCUACUGAUGCCAGUGGAAGACCAUUGGCGCAAGAUGGAUCCCCACUUCCAACUGAUAAUCAAGGAAAUUACAUUCUUGUACCAUCAGAUGAUGAAGUCACAAAAUCUCACUCCACUGAUUCUUCUGGAAUUUACAUCUAUCCAAUAACUCAUCCAGAUGGAACUCCGCUUGGAACCGAUUCUUCCGGGUCUUACAUCACUCAAGAUGGGCAAAUUAUUGCUAAGAACGACGAAGGAAUUCCGAUUGGACCUGAUGGAUCUGUUCUUCUAACGGAUGACUCUGGACAUUACAUUUAUCCAGCUGUUGGGCCUGAUGGACAAGUGAUUCCAACUGACUCUGAAGGAAAGACAGUAUAUCCAGUACGUGGACCAGACGGAACACCACUUCCAACGGAUGCAUCUGGUGCUGUUAUCGGACCAGACGGAGAGCCAAUUCCUACUGAUACCAGUGGAAGACCAUUGGCGCAAGAUGGAUCCCCACUCCCAACUGAUAAUCAAGGAAAUUACAUUCUGGUUCCUUCUGACGAAACGACGACGAAAGUUCUCCCAACUGACGAAUCAGGAAAUGUCGUUUAUGCAAUUACAAAGCCUGACGGAACUCUGUUAGGAACUGAUUCGUCAGGAGAUUUCAUCACUGAUCAUGGAAAGGUUGUCGAAAAAGAUGAAGAUGGAAAACCGAUUGGUCCAGACGGACAAGUUCUGCCAACUGAUGCUUCCGGACAUUACAUCUACCCGAUCACUGGACCAGAUGGACAAAUAUUGCCAACAGAUGCUUCUGGAAAACCAAUUUAUCCAGUAUUCAAUGAAGACGGAUCCCAACUUCCAACUGAUUCCACUGGGCUAUCAAUCGGCCCUGACGGUGAAACAAUCCCAACAGAACCAUCUAGUGGCAUUCCGCUUUCCAAGGAUGGGUCACCACUUCCAACUGAUGCUACAGGUCAAUAUAUUUUGGUUUCUUCUCCAGAUGAUGUCACCAAAACUCACCCAACUGAUGAAAAUGGAAAUGUUAUUUACCCUAUUACAAGACCAGAUGGAACACUUCUUUCAACUGAUUCAACUGGUUCAUAUCUCACUGAUGAUGGACAACUAAUUGAAAAAGAUAAUGAAGGAAAACCACUUGGACCUGAUGGAUUUGUUCUUCCAACAAGUUCAUCCGGAGACUACAUCUAUCGAGCUCUCGGACCAGAUGGAAAAGUUCUGCCAACUGACAAUUCUGGUAAUGUUAUCUAUCCAAUUGUGUAUCUUGAUGGAACCCCACUAGGUACUGAUUCUACUGGAUCGUUUAUCACGGAAGACGGUGAAGUUGUUGGAAAAGACGAUAGUGGAAAACCUAUCGGUCCAGACAAUCAAGUGCUACCAACCGAUGAUUCUGGAAACUAUAUCUAUCCAGUUAUCGGACCUGAUGGACAACCACUUCCAACUGAUGCAUCCGGAAAACUAAUCCAUCCAGUCUACACUCCAGACGGAACGCAAUUACCAACAGACGCUUCUGGAGCUUCUAUCGAUCCUGACGGCCAGCUUGUUCCAACUGACUCUUCCGGUAAGCCGCUUGGAAAGGAUGGUUCUAUAUUACCAACAGAUAACAGUGGUAGAUAUAUUCUUGUUCAUGGAGAUGGGGCCGUUACUAAGACUGUACCAACAGAUGAAUCUGGCAAUACUAUUUAUCCAAUCACAAGACCAGAUGGAACUCUACUUUCGACCGACUCAACUGGUAUUUUCAUCACAGACGAAGGACAUAUUAUUGAGAAAGAUGACGAAGGAAAACCAAUUGGACCAGAUGGACAAAUUCUUCCAACCGAUGGAUAUGGAAACUACGUAUACCCUGCCGGAAGUGAUGUUGGAGGGGCGAAACUACUUCCAACAGAUGAAAACGGACACACUAUAUUCCCCGUUAUUCGUCCAGAUGGAUCUCUUCUUUCCACAGAAUCUUCUGGUUCAUUUGUUACUGAUGAUGGAACAGUUGUUUCCAAAAAUGAUCAAGGAAAACCAUUGGGUCCAGAUGGACAAGUUCUGCCAACUGACUCCGCUGGAAAUUACAUUUACCCAUCAAUCGGCCCAGACGGAUCCCCACUGCCAACAGACUCAAAUGGAAAACCUGCAUACACAGUUAUUGGAAGAUAUGGAGAUGUAUUACCAACCGAUUCACUUGGCAGAUCAGUCAAUAUCGAUGGUUCAGUUGUACCAACAGACGAUCAAGGUCUCCCAAUCGAUCAAUAUGGUAUUGUUUUGCCAACUGACACGACCAGAAAGUUGCAUACUUUGGUUCCAACUCGCCGCCCGUCUGAAUUCUGUUAUGUUACAUCUCACAUUGAUCUUCUUCUCGUUAUUGAUUCAUCGAACAACAUCAAAGUUCUUGACUACAGAGUCAUGAAAGAGUUGAUCAAGAAUUUCCUCGCUGAGCAUUUCAAUCUUCGCAAACAUCAAGUUCGUAUUGGACUCGUGAAAUACGGAGAUGGAGCUGAAAUUCCAAUUUCUUUGGGUGAUUACGAUAAUGAAGAUGAUCUGGUACAUCGUAUCAGUGAAUCUCGUCGACUUAAAGGACGUGCUCAACUCGGUGCUGGACUUCGUGAGGCUCUUGAUGAGCUUUCUAUUUCUGGAGUUGAUGGAGUACCACAAAUUGUUCUUGUUAUCAAGAAUGGAAAGGCUAGUGAUGACUAUCCGUCUGCUGUUCAAUCUCUCAAGUCUGAACGAAAUGUUACCGUAUUCGUUGUGGACUCUGGAGAUGAAGAAAGUCAAAAACAAAACACAGAACUUACUGAUGCUGAUAAGGUGAUCGUAGUUCCACAAUGGCGCGGAGCUGAUUCAGAAGUUCUUGGUCCCAUUGCAGAUUACAUUUGCAAGAUUGUUCCAAACGUGGAAAGUGCUCGUACCUGGCCAACUCCUAGAACAAAGGCAACAACUCCAGCUGGUUCCGGAAGAAGUUGUUCAUCGAUUGAUUUCGAAUCUGACGUCAUUAUUGUUUUGGAUUCUUCUGAAAACUUCACACCUGAUGAAUUCGAUAGUAUGAAAGACGCUGUUGCCAGCAUUGUUGAUACAGGAUUCGACCUUGCACCAGAUGUUUCGAAGAUUGGAUUCGUUAUCUAUAGUGACAAGGUCGCUGUUCCAGUUGCACUCGGACAUUACGAAGAUAAAAUUGAACUCAUCGAAAAGAUUGUGGACGCUGAAAAGAUAAAUGACGGUGUUGCAAUUGCAUUGUAUGGUUUGAAUGCGGCGAGACAACAAUUCCAACUUCAUGGACGAGAGAAUGCAACAAAGAUUGUAAUUCUUAUUACAAACGGAAAGAACAGAGGAAACGCUGCAGCUGCUGCGGAAGAUCUGAGAGAUAUGUAUGGAGUUCAACUCUUCGCAGUUGCUGUUGGAUCUAAUCCAGAUGAACUUGCAACAAUCAAGAGACUUGUUGGAAACUCAAAUCCUGAUCAUGUCAUUGAAGUUGCUCAGUCUACUGAAAUUGAUGACAACGCUGUUGGAAUUCUGAAGGCUGUAUGUGGAAACACAGCUCAGAAGAACUCUGAAAUGCCAUCUCAUUUGACAACAAAGAGAGAUGUUCAAUCUCAAAAGUAUACAACGGCUCCAAUGCUUCGAACGACUCGUGCAGUCUCUGGAGGUCUUUGUAACGAUGGAAUCAGAAGACCUUAUCAUAUUAACAUUUUGGUUGACAUCACAUCAAGAGCUUCUACGGAUGAAUUUGGUCGUGUUCUCAAUCAUCUUGUUAACUUUUUCAAUGAUCGUUUGAGAGAUGAACAACACAUGAUUACAAUCAACAUCAUCACCGUAAACAGCGAGAAAGUACAGAAGGUUAUCAAUAACUUACGCGUGGAUCAGCUCGCUGAUGAGCUCAAUGGAAUCACUCAACAAUUGGACGAUAGCGUUUCUCCAAAACUAGGUGCUGGAAUUGAUGCUCUUGUUGAGCUCUCGAAAGAGAACUAUAUCAACGGAGCAGUGAAAUUGAUGAUUAUUGUCAGCUCAGAUGGAACGUCGAGUGACGAUGCUCUUCCAGCUUCAGAAUACGCAAAUGGAGACUUCCAACACAACAUUAUUGCUAUUUCCGUCAGAAAACCAGCCACUGAUCUUCUUUCCAAGGUCACCGGACUUCCAACAAGAGUCGUCCAUCUCGACCAAUGGUCAGCACCAAAUGAGUUGUUCGACAGUUGGAUUGCAUAUAUCACUUGUGAUUAUGCCACUGCUAGUACCACUCGUAAAUCAACAACUCCAAAAAUGACAACUCUCCUUCCAUAUGGACGUGAUGCAUCCAAAGAGGAUGCUACAAACAUCGAAUUGAUCCCUUUGUCCCCAUCAUCCAUCUCAGUGUCUUGGACAUGUUGCACUAACAACAAAUCGAACUACACAAUUCUCUACACUCAUGACACUUCUAUUCCAAAGGAGAAAUGGCUUCGAAAGGAAGCAACUUGCCGUGACAGUUUUGGAACACAUCUUGACAAUCUUCCAUCUGAUCAUACUUAUACAAUCUGUGUGAUGACAACCGAAAGAGUUGAAAACUCAACUGCUUUAAGUAUUGAUAAGAACUGCGACAGUCUUCAUAUUGAUCUUAAUACCACUGCUCCUGAAAACUACGUGAAACCAUCACCAACAAGUUGCAACUGUCAAUGCUCCGAAGGAAAAGCUAUUCUUCGUGCAACAUGUGAAAUGGUUAUUGACACUAACCGCCCGAUUGCCACCCUCCCACCAGCUACUGUGGAUGAAUGCCCAUGCAAAGUGAAGGCUCACGGAGGACGUUGUCCAAAGGGUUACAUUGCAAAGGACGGACAGUGUUAUGAUAUUGAUGAAUGUGCCACCAACAACGGACAGUGUACCGAGGGAUGUGUCAACACUCCUGGAUCUUAUUACUGUGCUUGUCCACAUGGAAUGAUGCGUGAUCCUUUAGAUCCAUUCAACUGUGUCAACACUGCUAACUCAUUUGAUAAAAUCGCGGCACUCCUUGCCAACUAUCUCGAAGCGAACACAAAGAAUGCUGAAUCAGAAGUUACAUCCGUGAAGUCAGGAGAACGUGUUAACUACAAAGCAACGAUCAAAUCAGCCGACGACAAGACCAUCACAUUCGAAUGGUCUCAUGUUCCAGAAGUCGUUCGACGUGCCUUCAAAUGGCUAUUCUAA